AUGGCUUAUCGUAAAGGAAUGAAGAUCAGCAAGCGAGAAAUGCGAUCCCUGCAAAACUCCUUCGGUAAAACUCCUUUCACCCAGCCGGACAUCCACCAAGCGAAAGAGGUUCCAAGAGAGACUGUUUUGACGAAGAACGAUGGUGGCGAAUGGGAUCGUACGUGGCUUCAGCAAAUGGACUUGCUGUCCAUCUUCUUCGAAGCCCCCAACCAUCCGAAACCAGUGACCGUUUUGGAUCCUCAGACCGAGGAGUUGUACCGACGCUUGGUUCACGAACAAGAGAUGGAAAUUUUCAAGAAAAAUGAGAUUGAGCGACAAGAACGUCUAGCGCGCCUUCCGAAAGAUCCCCGAAAGAGAAAGUCAAGUGAGCAGCAACCGGCAGAGAGCAAGCGUCGAAACAUUGAACCGUCCCAAGAUCAAGUCGUCUCAAUCGUCGAUAGUCCAAAACGCCAAGAGAAUACCGAAAAGAUUGAAGUUGAGAGCACAUUCCAGUCGGAGGAUUACCUCCAAUACAAGAACAAUUUGCAGUUCCGCCAGCAAAUAGCCCAACUUGUAGAUGAGACCGAUUCAGAGGAAUCUGCAGUUGAGAAAGAUGACGCCGUUGAUGUCUUCAUUCCAGGUUUUGAUGAUGACUCCGACGAGGCCGAUGACGGCUUCAAUAUGCAGAGUAUUGAAGAUGAGGUUGACACCAUUGAGGAGGACUCUACCGAAGUCAGCGAGGUUGACGUUUCAGAAAUGGACUCAACCCUCAACGCGACUCCACCGCCAAAAACAUCUCCUUCAGCUCGCCGAUCUUGGUAUCAUCAGCACGAAAUGCUAGAAUCAAGCGACGAUGAGGAUGAGGAAGAGGAGAACACAACCAUCAUCAAGAAUGAGAAUCAAGUCAAUACUGAGAUCGCCAAACAACUACCUGAUGAUGCUGACGAGAACAGCGACGACGACGAUGAUGUUCAGUUCGUCUCUGAGACCAUCGUCAUCGACUAA